AUGUGUGGUGAGGAAGAAGACACAUACCACCUUUUUAUAAAUUGCCCUUUUGCUAAACAAGUAUGGAAUAUUGCUAAAGACUCCCUCCGGAUUCCUAAUGACUUCAACGACAAUAUUUGUGAUUGGUGGAAUCACAUCUUGAGUAAUAAUGGAAUGGAUCCAAGUGGCUCCUAUAGAAAGGAGAAAUUUGUACUCCUCUUGCAACUUUGGAAGAAUCACAAAGAAUGUGUUUUCAAAAAUAGGAGUUUGCCUCCCUCUAUUAUCAUUGAAAGGGCUUAUAAUACGUUCUUGGAGAUCCAUGAGGUGAAUGAUGAAAAUCAAAGUAGUUUGAGAAAGAAGGAAGUUAUUCCUGUUAGAUGGAAUAGUCCUAAUUUUGAGGCUAUUAAAAUUAAUUUUGAUGCCUCAUGUAUUAGUGGGGACUGCUCAGUUGCUUGUGUUGCCAGGGAUCACCUUGAUCAUAUUUUGGAUUUCAAGGCUUACAAGCUAGGGAAAACUACAAUCAAUAUAGCUAAAGUGUGGGCUGCGUGGGAGGCCCACAAUCUUAGCCUUAACUUUCCUAACAAGUUCAUCAUCAUCAAAGGAGAUUCGAAGCUAGUUAUUGAUAGUUUGAAAAGGAUUUCCAGCCCCCGUGGAGAGUGCGUCAAAUUAUUGAAGAGUGCAUCGCUUUAA